AUGGAUAUGCACCGGCGCAGGAUCGCCGGCUUGGUGGCGGAUAUGAUCCCCACAGCGGCACUCGUCGAGCGCUCCGGCUCGACGGAGAGCACCGAUGCGGCUGAGGCUUCCUCAACCAUCUCCCCCUACCACUCCAACCUCGCUGGUGUCAACCAGCCCGUCAACAUGCUGUUCAAGGACACGCUCUGGCUGACAUUUGGCGGCAUGGCCGUCAUCGUCCUCGUCAUCACGAUCAGCCGCAUCCUCUGGGCUCAGCUCCGUCAUGUCAACGCCAUGAACGUCGACGGUGACAGACAACACUACUGGAAGACAACCCAAUGGAGCUGGAUGCCGAGCAUGAAGAAGCAUCUCAUGUAUGCCCCCCUCUGGAACAAGCGUCACAACAAGGAGAUCAAGCUGUCCACCAUCGGCAUCGGAACCCUGCCCUCGCGCAUGCACGCCUUCAUCCUCUUCAUCUACAUCGCCAGCAACAUGGUCUACAUGUUCUUCCUCAACUGGGAGAACAAGAACAUGUACUCCUUCUGCGCCGAGCUCCGUGGCCGUUCCGGAACCCUCUCCGUCGUCAACAUGGUCCCGCUGAUCAUCCUCGCCGGCCGCAACAACCCGUUGAUCGGCAUGCUGCACGUCAGCUUCGACACUUACAACCUUCUCCACCGAUGGGUUGGUCGCAUGUCCGUCAUUGAGGCCAUUCUCCACACCAUCGCCUGGAUGAUUGUCCAGGUUGCCGACAGCGGAUGGGAGGGCGUUUGGUAUAGAAUGUCGAACGAGCUCUUCAUCGGAUCCGGUAUGGCUGGCACUAUCGCCCUGACGGUCAUCAUGAUCCUCUCAGUCUCUCCGGUCCGCCACGCCUUCUACGAGAUCUUCCUCAACGUUCACAUCAUCCUCGCCUUCUUCAUCUUCCUGAUGACCUACAUCCACUGCGCCGUCGCCGGUCUUCCUGGUGGCCUCCCCCAGCUGCCCUGGAUGAUUGCCAUCUUCAUCCUUUGGUUCCUCGAGCGCAUGGCCCGUAUCGUCCGCGUCGCCUACAUGAACUGGUCCGACCGCGGUGUUUCCGACGCCAUCGUCGAGCCUUGCCCCGGAGAGACCACCCGCGUCACCAUUAACCUCCCCCGCUACGUUGACGUCAAGCCCGGCACCCACUGCUACCUGCGCUUCAAGGACAUCCGCCCCUGGGACUGCCACCCCUUCUCCGUCGCCUGGGUCGAGCACAUCCCCGACCGCAAUUCCCUCCAUCUCGACGAGGAGAAGGCCUGCCUCACCCACAUCGACAAGAAGCGCCACACGACAUCCGUCUCCUUCAUCAUCGGCGCCCACAGUGGUUUCACCCGCGACCUGUACAACGUCGCCAGCCAGAGCGGUCAGACCGCCAUCCGUAUGAGAGCCUGCCUCGAGGGCCCCUACGCAGGCCACCAUUCGCUGAACUCAUACGGCCACGCCGUCCUCUUCGCUGGCGCCACGGGCAUCACCCACCAGAUGUCCUACCUGAAGCCCCUCAUCGACGGCUACAACAACGGCAGCGUCGCCACCCGCCGCAUCACCCUCGUCUGGAUCGUCCGCGACUACGAGGCCCUCGAGUGGGUCCGCCCCUGGAUGGACACCGUCCUCCGCCUCCCCAACCGCAAGGACAUUCUGCGUAUCCACCUCUACAUCACCCGCCCGCAGAACCCGCAGCAGAUCGUCUCCGCCUCGACGACGGUCCAGAUGUUCCCCGGCCGCCCCAACAUCCCCCAGAUUAUGGAGCGCGAGGUUAGGGAGCAGAUGGGCGCCAUGUGCGUGACCAUCUGCGGCCCGGGUGCGCUCGCUGACGAUGUGCGCUCCGCGGUAAGAGGGGUCCAGGACCACGGCACGGUGGUCGAUUUCGUCGAGGAGAGCUUCACGUGGUAA